UGAAGUCUGAAUCCUCCUCUCUGGGCUAUUCAGCUGCUUUGGAGAUUAGUUUCAUAGUAAAGAUUCUUUCUGUAAAGCAGUAUGGAGUGGCUACUUUCACAGGGGCACCAGCGCCUUUGCUCCUACCCUGUCCAAAGCCAACAUGUCACUGAAAAAUGAGCCCAGGGUAAAUACCUCUGCACUGCAGAAAAUCGCUGCUGACAUGAGUAAUUUGAUAGAAAAUCUGGACACUCGGGAGCUGCACUUUGAGGGAGAAGAGGUGGAUUACGAUGUAUCUCCCAGCGAUCCCAAGACCCAGGAAGUGUGUAUUCCUUUCUCUGCUGUUUAUAAGACUCAAGGAUUUAAGGAGCCUAACAUACAGACGUAUCUCACCGGCUGUCCAAUAAAAGCUCAAGUUCUGGAAGUGGAGCGCUUUACGUCUACAACACGGGUACCAAGUAUCAAUCUUUACACUAUUGAAUUAACACAUGGGGAAUUUAAAUGGCAAGUUAAGAGGAAAUUCAAACACUUUCAAGAAUUUCACAGAGAGCUGCUCAAGUACAAAGCUUUUAUCCGAAUCCCGAUUCCCACCAGAAGGCACACAUUUAGAAGACAGAACGUCAAAGAAGAGCCUCGAGAGAUGCCAAGUUUGCCUCGUUCAUCUGAAAACAUGAUCAGAGAAGAACAAUUCUUCAGUAGAAGGAAACAACUGGAAGAUUAUUUGACAAAGCUACUAAAAAUGCCCAUGUAUAGAAACUACCAUGCAACAACAGAAUUCCUUGACAUAAGUCAGCUGUCUUUCAUCCAUGAUUUGGGACCAAAGGGCAUCGAAGGUAUGAUAAUGAAAAGAUCUGGGGGACACAGAAUACCAGGCUUGAAUUGCUGUGGUCAGGGAAGAGCCUGCUACCGCUGGUCAAAAAGGUGGUUGAUAGUGAAAGAUUCCUUUUUAUUGUAUAUGAAACCAGACAGUGGUGCCAUCGCCUUUGUCCUGCUGGUAGAUAAAGAAUUCAGAAUUAAGGUGGGGAAGAAGGAGACAGAGACAAAAUAUGGGCUCCGAAUUGAUAAUCUUUCCAGGACACUUAUUUUAAAAUGCAACAGCUAUAGACAUGCUCGGUGGUGGGGAGGGGCUAUAGAAGAAUUCAUCCAGAAAUACGGUACCAACUUUCUCAAAGACCAUCGAUUUGGGUCCUAUGCUGCUAUCCAAGAGAAUACGUUAACCAAAUGGUACGUUAAUGCCAAAGGAUAUUUUGAAGAUGUGGCAAAUGCGAUGGAAGAGGCACAGGAAGAGAUUUUUAUCACGGAUUGGUGGUUGAGUCCAGAAAUCUUCCUGAAACGCCCAGUGGUUGAAGGAAAUCGUUGGAGGUUAGACUGCAUUCUGAAACGAAAAGCACAAGAGGGGGUGAGAAUCUUUAUAAUGCUCUACAAAGAAGUGGAACUUGCUCUCGGAAUCAACAGUGAAUACAGCAAGAGGACUUUAAUGCGUCUACACCCCAACAUAAAGGUGAUGAGACACCCAGAUCAUGUAUCCUCCAGUGUAUAUCUGUGGGCUCAUCACGAGAAAAUCGUUGUCAUCGACCAGUCUGUGGCCUUUGUGGGUGGGAUCGACCUGGCCUAUGGAAGGUGGGAUGACAAUGAACACAGACUCACGGACGUGGGCAGCGUGAAGCGUGUCACCACAGGGCCAUCUCUGAGUUCCCUCACAGCUGAAACAGCAAAGUCCAUGGAAUCCUUAAGCCUUAAAGAUAGAAACACACCUAGUAACAAGCAGCCCGCCCUGAAGAGCGUUGACGAUAUGGAUUCAAAACUGAAAGGAAUCGGAAAAUCCAGAAAGUUCUCGAAAUUUAGCCUCUACAGACAUAUCCACAGGCACCACCUGCACAACGUGGACAGCAUCAGCAGCAUUGACAGUGCCUCCAGUUAUUGUAACCACUGUAGAAGUCGUCAGAAUUUAAUCCAUGGUUUUAAACCCCACCUGAAACUCUUUCGCUCUUCCAGUAAGUCUGAGCAGGGGCUCACUAGACCUAACGUUGACACCAGCUCCCUCCGCAGUUUACAGACGGGCAUGGGAGAGCUCCAUGGGGAAACCAGGUUCUGGCAUGGAAAGGACUACUGCAAUUUUGUCUUCAAAGACUGGGUUCAACUUGAUAAACCUUUUGCUGAUUUCAUUGACAGGUACUCCACUCCCCGGAUGCCAUGGCACGACAUUGCCUCUGCAGUCCACGGGAAGGCAGCUCGUGACGUGGCACGUCACUUCAUCCAGCGCUGGAACUUCACGAAGAUAAUGAAGUCAAAAUAUCGGUCCCUUUCUUAUCCUUUUCUGCUUCCAAAAUCUCAAGCAACAGCCCAUGAGUUGAAAUAUCAAGUGCCUGAGUCUGUCCAUGCCAAUGUGCAGUUGCUCCGCUCUGCUGCUGAUUGGUCGGCUGGUAUAAAAUACCAUGAAGAGUCCAUCCAUGCUGCGUAUAUCCAUGUAAUAGAGAACAGCAAGCACUAUAUCUAUAUAGAAAACCAGUUUUUCAUAAGUUGUGCUGAUGACAAAGUUGUAUUCAACAAGAUAGGUGAUGCCAUUGCUCAGAGGAUCCUGAAAGCUCACAGGGAAAGCCAGAGAUACCGGGUAUAUGUUGUGAUACCACUGCUGCCAGGAUUUGAAGGAGACAUUUCAACGGGUGGAGGAAAUGCUCUGCAGGCAAUAAUGCACUUCAACUACAGAACCAUGUGCAGAGGAGAAAAUUCCAUCCUUGGGCAGUUAAAAGCAAAGCUUGGCAAUCAGUGGAUAAAUUACAUAUCAUUCUGUGGCCUUAGAACACAUGCAGAGCUUGAAGGAAACCUAGUCACUGAGCUCAUCUAUGUCCACAGCAAGCUGCUAAUUGCUGAUGACAACACUGUUAUUAUUGGCUCUGCCAACAUAAAUGACCGAAGCAUGCUGGGGAAGCGUGACAGUGAAAUGGCUGUCAUUGUGCAGGACACGGAGACAGUCCCUUCAGUAAUGGAUGGAGAAGAGUACCAAGCUGGCCGGUUUGCCCAAGGACUCCGGCUGCAGUGCUUCAGGGUUGUCCUUGGCUAUCUUUCUGAAGCAAGUGAAAACAUUCAGGAUCCAGUGAGUGACAAAUUCUUCAAGGAGGUAUGGGUUGCAACCGCAGCUCGAAAUGCUACAAUUUAUGAUAAGGUGUUCCGGUGCCUUCCCAAUGAUGAAGUACACAAUUUAAUUCAAUUGAGAGACUUUAUUAGCAAGCCCAUAUUAGCAAAGGAAGAUCCCAUUAGAGCCGAGGAAGAACUGAAAAAGAUCCGUGGAUUCUUGGUGCAAUUCCCCUUUUAUUUCUUGUCUGAAGAAAACCUACUGCCUUCCGUUGGAACUAAAGAAGCCAUAGUGCCCACAGAGGUUUGGACUUAAGGGUUGUAUUCGUUUGCAGCUCAAAGACUUCCGCUGUACAUACAGUCACUUUCUGGAGACCCUCACAGCCAAAGCCGGCCCCCAUGCACUCCUGUAUCCAAAACAUGGGGACCCUUUGGAUUGACUGGGCAGGGCUGCAGUCCUACUGAUAUAAGGACACUGAAUGUCAGGCAGGCUUUAUAAUUCUUUGUGCUUUUCCUUGUGAAACAGGGACUGCAUUCUUAAUGGUAGCAUACGCUCGACAACUUAAACGUAUACUCAAAUUCCAUGAUGUACACCAAAAUGCAUUUCCUUUACUAACAAGCAUUUACCUGUACCUGUGAUCUAGGUGGCCAAAAAUUGUCUAAACCUCUUUCUUCUCCUCUGAUCCUCAUUUAUACAGCUGGUGACUGCUGGACCUGCCCUCAUUACGUAGUGCAAACAGACACUGUUUGAGACAUUGUUUAAUAAUAGAAGAUGUUGUGAGGCUGCUUCCAGGUUCUUCAAGGUUACUUGAGAGGCCCCUGCCCAUCUGGUCCUGAAGUCGUAGUGUUCACCCACCCAAGGAUGUGGGCCUAUUCCUUUUCAGUGACUGAAGGCACAGGGCCAAUGCUGUGUAUAUAGCAGCCCAUGUUAGGCACUUCUGAUAACAUUGACACUAUAGAUCUUAAUGCCACAGAGGAAUAGGAAGGAAUUAAAUUUGGUUAUUGAGGCAGAGAUUUCACUUUGCCUCCAAAGGCAAUGACAGAUAUGUUCUUUUGAUAGGGCCUACCUGAUCGAAUUUGAAAACAUAGGAAGGAUAUUUCAUUACAUAGCAGCUGAUAAAACUCGGAGCAUGCAGCCUUCAGAGGCCUCCAAGGUGUCAGCAGGGAUCUGGUUCAGACAAGAAAAGAAGAUUUCUUAUAGUCCUAUAAAAUGUCCUAUCAUCCUUAGCAGCUGGAUUGAUUGAAAUUUGAGUUUCUGCAUUUCCAAAUCAGACCAGUGAAUGCAUUUUGUCUUUCAAGAGAAUCAGAGGCUUCAUAACUCCUACCACAUUAAUAAGUAGUGGCCUAACCUAUUUGACAUUCAGCUCUCCAGCUAUGUUAUCUUCUUUAAGAAAAAUUAAUUGAUUCCAAAAUAUGUGCUAUUUAACUUGCAUUAUUCAAUAUACAUUAACAUUCCACCAGGCUUCCAAAGAGGUUAGGAUCUUUAUUAAUUCACAUUGUCCUAUUCUAUGAGUUGUUCUGGAAACCCAUUUUUCCUUUUUGAAAAUUAGCAUACCCUUUGGUGCCUCAUAGCCCUAAUUUUACAGAGCAGAACUAGUCUUAUAGCCUGAAGAGCUGAUGUAGGUUCACAAAAGGCCUAUGCUCAUCAAACAUGGUGUGGGGGCAUUGAUCACUCAUGUAUGGAUUACCUGAGCAGAACCUCAUAUGAGCCAUUCUUCAAAGAAGCAAGGACCCAAUCCAUUUUAAUGGAGCUAAUAGGCCAAUGGAAGAGGUUAAAUAGGAGCACAAAGUCAAUAAUCUGGGUAGGUAGGAGAGAGUGUCACACUCACAAAUGGAUUUCGCAGCCAGAGAACAUUUCACCAAUGAGGUAGAACUAUGCUCUAUGAAUAAAUAAUUUCCCAGAUAGCUGAAAAUGGUGAAAAAUGACUUCAUUGUAUAGCAGCUGUUAAGUAAGACAUUUGCUAUUUAUGAAGUUUAGAUCGGCAUUAAAAGUGUUAAGUGUAUAUGGAAUACCUAAGGAUUUCUUGUAGUUUAUUUUUAAAUAUUUAUGUAACCUGUAUAACAGUCAACACACUGGCUUUUGAUUUUGUGCAAAAUGCUCUUUUAACACCAUGAAAAAUAAAAACCUAAAAGCACCCCUUCUCUUAUAAAAAAUUCACAUAAGCCAACCUCUCUCCAUUUUAUAGAUGAGGAAACUGAGGCCCAGAUUGGUUGAAGGACUCACCUGAGUUUCACUCAACUGAGAAUGAUGGAGGCAGGACUAAUGAAAUUGCCAUGGUCCAUUGCUGGUCUCUCCCUUGACUUCAUCAUUGUCCAAAAGCGAGGAGAUGCAGUCAACAGAUUUGAGGCAGGAUAUGUGAUAUGAUGUACUUACGAGCUCUGCUGUCUUCCCCUGCUUGAAUGUAAACUCCACGGGGCAGGGUCUUUGCUGUGCUUUGUUCAGAGUGUAUCCACAGAGCCUGGAACAGUACUUGGCACAUAGGAAGUGCUUAGUAACUGUUGGCUGAAUAAACGAGGUUGAGGGGAGAGCAAAUGAAAUGACAGAUUUAUGGAGUCUCAGACAAGAAAUCUUACUGUUGGUUUCUGUGGCAAGUUUUCUUUCCCCUGCAUCUUCUCAAGGCAAGACGUUCAUCCACAAAGAUGGGAGGCUACCAGCUUUCCUUGGGUGGAUCUUAUGGAAGAUUCCACGCAAUAAUUGCCCAUUUGCAAUAGUAAGUCAUAUAGUGCACAUUCUGCAAGUCUCAUGGGGUGUGGACACGAAGUGUAUUGCAUGGCCUAAUUACCUAUCAUCCUGACACCACUACUACCUAAUAGAAGUUCAAAUACUUUAACAUUGCAAUAUCUGAUAUAAACUUUAAAAUGCAAAUGAUUCGAAGCCUUGCUCAGCAUUUUAUGAAUCUGCUUGACAUUUUAAAUUGACUGUAAUCCUCGAAAACACCUAGAAAUGCUGCACCCAAUACUCUGAUAAUCUCGGUAAUAAUUUCUGUUUUCAACAAGGAAAUAUCCUCUGACCAUACAAAAGGAAUGGUAGAAAGUAGAAUAGCUAGUAAAGCCACUCAGAUUGUCCAAGCUUUGUUGUUGGAAGACACUCUACAUAGCAGGGCUGGUGCAGGCAUUUGUUCUGCAUUAAGUGUCCACUCAGUGAUUUGCCCUUCCUUGGGAUGUUCUUAAUUCUCAGCUCUAAUGCAUCGUGCAGAGGCUUGGAGAGGUGGAUAUUAGACAAUUGUGUGGCACAUUGUAACACAAAAUACUGGUUUCAUUUUACUAGCACCUUUGGAGGAAAAUUUCAUCUAUAGGUAGUCAAACACAUGAGGAAUUAAUCUCUCAUGUAAUAACUUGGGCAAUUGUAAUAUAUCAUGAACGAACAGUCUCCCAGAUGAAAACAGCAAGAUGAGAAGGCUUUCUGCAGAGGUAAGACUACAGGCAGAACAAAUCUGUGUAAACUUGAAGAACCUGCACUUCUGUCUGCGUCUCCUCACUCCUUAUUCCUUCAGCCUCUGUCCCCAUGCAGAGCCACCCCUUUAUUAUGUAAACAUUUUAGAGGACAAGGAAAGGGUUUCUGAAAAAAAAAAAAUUAGGCCUCUACAAUGAAUCUUGAGCUUAACUUCUACUUUUAAGUGACUGACAAAAUAUUAUUAUUUUUUAGCAGAGGUAAUUGUUCUUUUUAACAUCCCCAAUCUGAUGUGGCACUUGAGCAUUCUCUGAUGUUUGUCACCCUGUGUAGCAGGGGUAAAGAGGAUCCUUCACAUCUUUUCAUCUCUCUCUACUCUCUCUUGUGUAAAAUGAGCAAAUGCUAAAGGACUUUAAGUGUGCUUAGGAAUACAUUUUUUUAUUUCCUUGCAAGAUCCUCUGAGACCAAUUACUACUGGCAGUUUGGAGAUUUAAAAUGGAUAAGCCUUGAGAAAUUCUUGAAUCUAGAAACUCAUUGGAAAGGGAAUUCAUCAGCAUCUCUCAAAAAGUUGCAGGUGAAAAGUCAGGGAAUUUGCAUCAUUUUUAGGGGGGUGGGCAGGUACCAUAAAAUGAUUCCUAAUGGCAUUCAGUUCACAUGUGAGACAGUACGGACUCUGAACUAAGAUUGGAAGCAUUCAAGAAAGGAACUAAACAUUUUAUCACUAAAUUUCCUAUUGGUUAUUUUCAUUUUUCCCUAAUAAUACUAUUUUUAAUUUUUAACUUAAAAAAAUAAAUACAAGAUAAAUGAAAAUUUGUCAUGCUGAUCAUUUGGACAUUGUAAAGUCAGAAACUUGGAUGGCUAUUCAACCAAAAUCCAAGCUUAGUUACUCUUUCCUAUCCCCAAGCAACUAUAAUUGUUUACUUUAUUCUAGAUAAAUGCACAUAGGUGAAUGUCACCCUAAUUCUGCUCCCCACUAGGAAAUAGAACAUCAUGCCCUCCUAAUGUAUAUCUACUUGGAUCCUUCACACAAAAUAGUUUGGGCCAAAGGUACUGAUCUUCUCCUAAACUGUUCUAAAACUUCAUUCCGAGCUAUUGCAGUUGGAGCACAUGUUACUAACACAAAAAGACAAAUACUUGGCAAUGAACAUCCAUUCAGAACACUUGGAUGUUCUGGACAGAACUCAGGCUCCCAGCCUCAUCUCUACUGCAGCACUUGGCAAACCAAGUGGGGGCCUCCUGUUUUUGUAAAUAAAGUUUUAUUUGAACACAGCCAUGUCCAUUCAUUUACAUGCAGUCAUGGCCAAAUGAUCCGCAAAUCCUAAAAUAUUCACCAUCUUUAAGAGCUUAUUGAUCCUUCCUCUAGAGAAAGCAGAGAAUAUCCAGAAAGGGUACCUCAACCAAGCAGAUUUGGAUGAGUUUGAAUCUCUUCCAUAACAAGGUUUUCAAGUCCCUAUCCCAGAGCCCAGCAUAUGACAAUGGAUUUAUUCUAAGAACAAGGUCAAGUCCUUUCAGGUAUAAAAUCACAUAGUUUUUGGUUCUGGAAAGAGACGUUGUCAGCUAAAGCAGGCUUCUCCCAGCUCCCAACAUGGUUGACAAUGUUUGUAACUAAAGUGUUAAAAAAAAAAAAAAAAAAAGGAGGAUAGAUAGGCUGAAAAACUUGUAUUGAAUGAGAAAUGUGAACUCAGGAGACUCAGUUUCCCCUGAAUUUUUCAUCUGUGAAGCAUUGGAAAUAAUAUGUGUAUCCAUUCUCUGCCUCACAAUCAAUGCUUUCUCUGCCUGGUCCCUUAACUGCUUUUUUUUUUUUUUAAUGUAAAUACUCAUUAAUUAAAUAAUUAAAAUUGUGAAAUCA